CGAGGGGGUAAUGCAUCAGUGGGAAGGAAGAUCUGCACAGAGAGAGAUUCUGAGAAAGCAACAGAAAGGGCGGGGGGCUUGCAGGCUCGGAUGGUGAGGAUCAAGCAAUGGGAAGGGGCUGGAAGGCAGGACAGUUCAGAGCAAGGGCUCGGCGCCUGAAGAACCUGCUUUGAGGAUCCGAGACAAUAAUGCAUAUCGGUUGAUUGAGAGAUAGCAACAAUAAUAUGUUUGCCCCGCCUUUCCUCCAGGUGACUGCGUGAUGUGCCAGCUCACCUUUUUAUACGGGCUCUGUCAUCACCUCAGGGGAUGGGACGCAAGCGAAAGGCUCCUGAGGCCCAGAAAAGAGAGCCCAGCACUGCAGGGGGAGAGCUGGAGCUACGCUGGGAGUGGGAGACCGGUAGCAACGGAUGGCAGCAGUUCGGGCCUGAGCAAAGCGACACCCUGAGCCAGGCGGCCCGGGCAGGGAAGCUGUCUGCGGACAUCGGGGAGUCCUGCGUGGACCUGCGCAGGAUGCUGCAACUGCAUAAACAGACGGGGCAGGAAACACGCGUGGCUGCCGCUGUUCAGGAUCAGGAUUCUUACUUCGUCUGGUCAUGGCAAGGAGAUGAACAAGGCGAGUGGUUUCCCUAUCCUGCGGACACCUGCCUAGAUUUGCAGGCAGCCAGGAACGGCCAAGGGAAGCCCACGGUGGAAGUGAUAGUUGGCCGGACACGCUACAAGCUGGACACAACCCGCAUGGUGCAGACCAACAGCCGAACCGGCUUUGAACGUACAAUUGAAUGUCGGGAGUCAGAUGCUGCAGAGAUUGAGGAUGCAGGAUCCCAGUCGAGCAACAACAUCUUGGGCACCAAAAGCCCCGUUCCUGCUAAGAAGGCCCGGAACAAAGUGGAUGUCCCAGCAUCGCAAGGAGAGGGAGAUAGCAAGGAGGCCGUGAAGACGUUGGUAGUGAAGGGGAAAGCACCUGUGGACCCAGAAUGCUCUGUCAAGCUGGGAAAAGGUCUUCUGAUGCCAACCCAGAGGAAAAAGAUGGCUCAUGUUUAUUAUGAGGGAGACGACAUUUAUGAUGUGAUGUUAAACCAGACAAACCUCCAGUUCAACAACAACAAAUACUACCUGAUCCAGUUGUUGGAGGAUGAUGGAGCCAGGAACUACAGCGUCUGGAUGCGCUGGGGGCGUGUUGGUAAACCAGGUCAGCACUCGCUUGUGAUUUGUGCCGGAGACUUAGCAAAAGCCAAAGACGUCUUCACCAAAAAGUUUCUAGACAAAACCAAGAACGAGUGGAGUAAGCGGUGCAACUUCCAGAAGGUUCUGGGCAAAUACGAUCUCCUCCACUUGGACUACGAAGCCAAUGACGCAGGUGAGGAGAAAGCUGCCCCACAGAAGAUAGCUUCCUGUCCCAAGGCAGUGUCACAGCUGAACCCACAGGUCCAGGCCUUGGUGGAGCUGAUCUGCAACAUCCGCACCAUGGAGGAAAUGGUGAUGGAGAUGAAGUACGACACCAAAAAGGCCCCGCUAGGAAAGCUGACGGCUGAACAGAUCUGCGCAGGUUACCAGUCCUUGCAAAAAGUGGAGGCUUGUCUCAAGCGGAAGCAGACUGGCCGUGCCCUGCUGGAGGCCUGCAAUGAAUUCUACACGCGGAUCCCCCAUGAUUUUGGGCUGAGAACUCCUCCGCUGAUCAGUACGGAACAGGAGCUACAAGAGAAGGCACAGCUGCUGGAGGCUCUCGGCGAGAUCCGUAUCGCCAUCAAACUGGUGCGGUCGGAACAGGUGGGCACAGAACACCCGCUGGAUCGGAGCUACUGUGGCCUGGCCUGCGAGAUCCAACCCUUGGAGAGGGACGGCCCUGACUUCCCGGUAUUGGAGCGCUACCUGUUGUCCACUCAUGCUCCCACCCACCAGGACUAUACCAUGACCCUGCUGGAGGCCUUUGUGCUAAACAAGGCGAGCUCCGCUCCGGACUUCCACUCCGAGCUCCCCAACCGGACACUGCUGUGGCAUGGAUCCCGCCUGGGCAACUGGGCAGGGAUUUUGAGCCACGGGUUGCGUGUGGCACCCCCAGAGGCACCAGUCACGGGCUACAUGUUUGGAAAAGGGAUCUAUUUUGCUGACAUGUCCUCCAAGAGCGCCAAUUACUGCUUUGCCACCCGGGAGAAAGACAUUGGCCUCCUGCUGCUAUCAGAGGUAGCUCUGGGUGAGUGCAACGAACUACUGGAAGCAAAUCCUGAAGCAGAGAAGCUGCUGACCGGCAAACAUAGCACCAAAGGGCUCGGCAAGCUGGCACCAUCCCCGCCUAACUGCACAACACUCAAUGGGGCGCUGGUUCCUCUGGGCCCAGCUGUGGAAACAGGAGUGCUGAACCCUCAUGGCUAUACCCUGAACUACAAUGAGUUCAUUGUCUAUGACCCCCAUCAGGUGCGCAUGAAGUACCUCCUCAAGGUACGCUUCAAUUUCACUCAGCUCUGGUGAAAUUCAGCAGGCGCUUAGGAGGAGGAUGGCUGCUGACUACUACAGGUAUUUUAUUUAGCCAAUGACUGAAGUGCCCUCAAGCUGAGAGAUGGACUUAAGAACUCAACUCCCUUCAACAGACUUUUAUUCCUAGAGUGCAACUAAAAGAGAUUCUUGCUGCUUUAUUAAAAUUUGAUUUAAUACA